CAGCAGCACGUAGCGCUCCAUGGCCGGCCGGGCCGCGGCGGGCGCCGCUCCGAAGGUCCCGCGCUGCCGCCCGGCACCGCCCUCCGCAGGGCAGCGCUUCCGCUUCCCGCGGCCGCGGCCGGCGCUCCCUGCGCGCCCCGCGCGGCAUGGCGAGCUACAGCCGGGCCGCCCAGCAAUGGGCUACUUUUGGUAGAGCCUGGUACCUCCUCGAUGCGAAGAUGCAGCCCCCAGGAAAACUAGCAGCUGCCACUGUCAUCAGACUCGAAGGCAGACAUAAACCUAUUUAUCAUGCACUAAAUGACUGUGGAGAUCACGUUGUCAUAAUAAAUACAAGACAUAUUGCCUUCUCUGGCAACAAAUGGGAACAGAAAGUAUAUUCUUCACAUACUGGUUAUCCUGGUGGUUUUAAGCAAGUGACAGCCACUCAGCUCCAUUUGAAGGAUCCAACUGCUAUUGUUAAACUGGCUGUUUAUAGAAUGCUUCCAAAAAACCUUCAGAGAAGAACUCUGAUGCAGAGGCUACACCUGUUCCCUGAAGAUGUUAUUCCAGAAGAUAUAGAGAAGAACCUUCUACAAGAGAUUCCUCAGCCACGUGCAGUCCCCAAGAGGUUGGAUGAAUAUACACCAGAAGAAAUUGCUGCCUUUCCGAAGGUUUGGACUCCACCUAAAGAUUUUCGAAGGAAGUAAUAAGAAUGAAAGAAGUGCCAUCAAGAGUGUCUCUCCUCUUUCAAAGAAAAUUCUUCUAAUAUGGAAGCAUCUGUGUGGCUCAGUCAGCCCUUCUAUACUGAAUGUUUCUGACAGCUGUUAGCAAAUUUGGCUUGGUGAGAUUAUAGAAAUCACUGUAUUUGAAACAUCUAAGAUUAGGUAUUAUCUUGUCAAUGCCAUCUGUACUCUGCAUUGUAUGAUCUGGUAUUUUUUCAUGACAUUUGAUUUGAUACUGUUAUUAAAGAAUGAAUACCUUUGUAAUGAGUACUUGCAUCUCAUAAAACACAUUGACUAUUGCUAUGAAGCAGCUCACUGAUGACAACCCAGUGUAGAACAGAUUUCCUUAAAGAGCUUGUUGAAAUAACAGGUAUUAAAGGCAGAUAAACAGAGAGAUACUUUAUCUUUUUUCCUCCCUUCAGCCUCAAACUGAUUUUCAUUCAAGUCACAGGAACAUGCCUUACCUACUUUAAGGAACAUAUUGCAGAACAGAGAAGCAUUUUUAUUAUGAAAACUAAAUGAGGAAACCAGACUUAAGUGUUGAAUGACUUUAAAAAAGUCUUAAAAUUCACUUCACUUUUGCAAGCUACUUCCCUGAAAUUCCUGUCUGCUUUCCUGCUCUGAAAACCCUCAAGCCAAAGGUGUUCUGUAGAUAAGUAAAGCACCUGUUGUUUUCUGUGUAGUAGGAAAUGCUGGUACAUUGUGUGCCAAAUUUUACAAUGUCUAGUGAGGAGAAUUUGAGUAUUCUACAUCUGUUUCAUACAAGCAUCAUACAAGAAGAAAACCAGUUGUUUAUUUAUAACCAUAUUUCAUUGCAUUAAAUAAAGGUUUGAUAUUGGGCCUUUCUUUGACAUUCAUAUGGGCUUAUCCCAGGAAAAAUUCCCACCUAGUGAAUGUGCAGCCUUCACUUCCAAGUUAGUUAGUACACUGCAUUAACUAGUGAAAGUAUUUUUGAAAGGCCUGGGUUACAGUAAAUGCUCUUUUCUGUGUAAGGACAGUUUAUUGGUAAGAUCUGUGUGGCAUCAACUGUUCAUCAUGUGCUGAAUCCUUCAGUCAGCAGCUUCACUUUCUUAGGUGGUCUGGAAAAAAUAGGAGACAUUCUUGAUUAUUCAGAGACUGGAUUUUGGAGAAAAUCCUGACAGAAUGGGUUUUACUUCUUUUGGCAAACAUACAAUUCCUGAAUAGUAUUUUUAUAAUUGGGUGGAGCACAGAGUAACUAGUUACUUACUCUAUUACUGUCUAGUUACUCUAAUAAAGAGUAACUACUACCCUAAUAAAGAGUACUCUAAUAAAGAGUAACUCUAAUAAAGAGUGACUAUAUAUGAUUAAUGAUACCAGCAGCAUUCUGGUCAGCAUGGUGCCAGUAAAUGGCACAGUAAAUAGAAAGUUAAAAUAAAUUACCUACUGCAAUUGAAUCUUGUGCUUUAGUAUAUAAAUUGUUAUAAAAUUUGAAUGAGUAUGGCUACUGUAUUUUCCCCAAGUCAUUUGUUUAAUUGACUCCAUGUACAUCAUAUGGUGUGAGGAGGAGGUGGCAGUGGCAGCCUGUUGUGCAGGUGUGCAGCACAGGGGAUCCCUCAGGCCCAGAGCACCCAAAUUUCUGUGAGCUGGGCGUGCUGUGCUGCUUCCAGCUGCUCCCCCAGCCCAGGAGACUGGUGUGGGAGCUGUUGGACUGGCACAGCACAGGGGACACUGACUGCACACCACAAGCACCCUCAGGGAUUUGGUCGGGCUGUUCAUGGAGUAGGUAUCAACAAUUGCCUUAUUGUGAUUAUGCUGUAUCCCUACAUCCCUGGUGUUGCCCUGUGUUCUCAUCAGUCUCUGCAGUCCCAAAAGAACCUGAGAUUUGAUAUAGUGUUGCAGGCCAGCCAGUCAUGACUAAUGUAUUGUGCACUGUUAGCAGGAGACUCAAAGUCUUCCAAAGACAAAACAGGCAGAAUUGCUUGAAAAAAAGCUGAUUUUUUCCAUCAGUGACCUUCUCUGUCCCUACCACAGGACCUGCAGGUCAGCAUAUCUCAAGCAGAACUCUAAGCUGUUUGUAGAACAUGGAUGGGAGUGGGCUAACCGGGGAGGGGCAGAAGGAGUUUGCAGUUGGAGUAAAUUAACAUGGGUGUUGACAGCCAAUGCCAGCAGGGAAAUUAAAAUUAACCCUGUGACCCCAGGCAUUACUGUAUUUAGUUUUAAUAAUACUUCUGAGUAUCAGUUGCUUGUGCCAGGCUGUGGUACCUGCUUGGGGCCAAGACAGCCAUGAGGCUGUCUUGUGUUCUGUCAAGUGGGGUUAAGCUGCUAAAAAAUAAAGUCCAUAAACUACA